ACGGCAAACCAGAGCAGCAAACACAAAUUUUUUGACACGCGUUCCUUGCUACAACUUUGAACUCUAAACUCUAACGUAAGCUAAUAAAGUUACUCAGAACUGACAUUCCUCCUAAUCAAACAAUCGGCUUUUAAGGGCUAAAGUUUAGUCGGAGGCGACAGGAGCGCAUUUUAAACAUUCCGCUUUCACACGGAAAAGUUUGCUAAAGUUAGCCGGGACGCUAAAAACAACUUGAGCUAACGUUAACUGGCAAAUGAUGCUGGCUGGUUUCUACUAACGUCUCAGAAGUGAGUGAUGAGGAACAAUGGUGGUGUUACUGGCAGGAAUGUGUCCUGGUCUGGAUGAAGAUUUGCUGCGGAGUCUUCGGGCAGCUGAUAUUAGAACAGUGGAGGACCUUGUCUCUUCUGACAUAGAGGAUCUCGCACAGAAAUGCUCCGUCUCCUAUAAGGCUCUGUUCGCCAUCCGCCGGGUGCUGCUGGCCCAACACACGGCGUUCCCAGUGUCAGGCGCCGAUCUAUACGAGGAACUAUUGAGCUCCACCGCCAUCCUCUCCACUGGAAAUCCCAGCUUAGAUAAACUGCUGGACUCAGGCUUGUAUACGGGCGAGAUAACGGAGCUGACAGGAGGUCCAGGAAGCGGCAAAUCUCAGGUGUGUUUUGGUGUUGCGGUGCACAUCGCGUACCGCCUGAAGCAGAGCGUGAUCUACAUCGACACAACAGGCGGGCUCACCGCCAGCCGCCUGCUGCAGAUGCUGCAAACCGAAACCAACAACGCAGACGAGCAGAUGGAAGCUCUUCAGAGGAUCCACACCUUCCGCCUGUUUGACGUCUGCGCUCUGCUCGACUGUCUGUACGGGCUCGGCGGCGGCGGCCUUCACAAGGUGUGUGUCGGCGGCGGCGGCUCUGUCAAGGCGCUGAUCGUGGACUCAGUGUCGGCUGUUAUCGCUCCUCUGCUGGGAGGCAAACAGAACGAAGGCAUGUCCUUGAUGAUGGAAGUGGCAGCAGCUCUGAAGACGAUGGCGAAGGACUUCAGUGUUGCUGUUCUGGUGACCAACCAUGUAACGAGAAGCGGCAGCGGGGAAGCGCAGCCGGGCCUCGGCGUGUCAUGGAGCCACGUCCCCAGAACCAGAAUCCUGCUGGAACGAGUUGAGAGCGCCGCGUCGGGUCGGCGCUCGGCGACGCUCAUCAAGUCUUCCAGACAGGCUUGUCUCAUCAAGGAGGAUUUUGACCUGCAGUGGUGGAGUCGAGCUGAAGGAGGAAGAGGAGGAGGAGGAGAGACGUCAGGAAAGAGGAAGCUGGACGAGACUGACCCCUGACCCCUGACCAGAGGAACGCUGCAGCAAUGACCAAAAGGGAGGAACGACGCGCCGCUUUCGGAUGCAUUCCCAGAUCCAGCUGGGAGAAACCCUCUGCGCCCGGCUGCCCCCCUCCGGGUCGCCCAGCGUGUGUGUAGCCGAGGCGGAGUCGUAAUCCGGCACCAGGUCCCCGUCGUACGCCACAAAGUACCGCCGCAGUCUGUCGAAGUCCUGAACGGAGACGGGGAGGAAGAGCUUGACCCCGCUGAAGAUGUCCAGCAGCGUCUGGAAGGAGCACAGACUGAUUCAAACCUGAAGAGCUGCAGGUACAAGAUUCACUGCAAAACUCAAAUCUGCUUGAUCUUAGUGUUGAUUUUCCCUUGGUUUGUUUUUUUUUUUUUUUUUUUUUGGAGACCUACUUUCUCACAAUGAGGUGUUUGUGGUAGAGCAUUUCUCUUACUUUAAGUGUGCUGUUAAAAUUUUAAAUCAUUUAAAAGAGCUGAAAAUACUUGAGGAAAAAAAUGUCAUGUUCAUUGAAAUCAAGAAGCUCCUAAUAGAAAUAAACUGAACUUAAAUUAACGGGUUCUCAGUCCAGCUCCAGGGAGAAACAGAACAACCUUCACAUCACUUUAAUCCGAAUUAUGUUUACUUUUCUCAGAUCUUUGUCUUGUUACAACUGUCAAAUAUUCAGAUUUCUUCCUUCAAUGAAGCAUUUAUCCAGAUUUUAAUACAAGCAGGAGUUUAUAACAUAUUUUGUUCCCACUUCCUGUUCCCUACUAAAGUAAACUGUAAAAACACAAAAUCUUACCAAGUAUUUUUGGUCUAGUCUCUAAUGCAAAUAUCUUUACUUACUUUUACUAAGACAAAACUAACUUACAAGUAACUUCUCAGCAAGAUACAGGAUCUUAUUUUAACACAAUAGUCCCUUAAAAUUGAUCAGAAAAGUAUUAGUUGUACUGUCAGAUUUUACUUAAAACAUAGAGAAGAUGUCUUGUUGAAAAUGAAAUAGUCUGCCAGUGGAACUGAUACUCUUUUUUUAAAAUACAUUUUGAGUUAGUGCAGUUGAAACUAGACAAUAAUAAAUGGUAAAAUUGUGUUUUUGCAGUACAGCUAAAAUUUUGCUCAUUAAUAUUGGGUAUUUAAAGUUAAAUAAUCAUAAAAAGAGGUUCACAUUUGAUUUAACAUCUGAAAAUAACUGAGCAGCAGCCCACUGGUAGAUAUGAUUCAUAACAUUUUCUUACUGAAAACUAGCUGCAGAUCAUUCAAAGGUCUGUUAAAUAAAUGUUCCUGAAAAAUCAGGAGCCGUUUAUUCCCCUUCAAGUUGAGAAUUUAAACUUUGAUUUAAGGACGAUGGAUUUGUCAUAAUAGACAAAACUUGUCUAGACAAUUUAAACUCAUGUGAGCUGGACUUUUAUAUCUUUUAAGGGAGAAUCUUAAAUAAAGACAUUGAAUUUUA